GUCCCAACCAAACGAAGCUCAAUUGAAGUCGAUUCUACCGGGCGAGUCGGCUUUGCAGAUGCGGGUCACAAUUGUGGCAAGCUCAUGCUAAGCAUGCUUGAGCCACUCCAAAUAGAUCACCCUGUUCGCCAGUGGACCUGAUCAGGCAACAAGUCUUGCUUUUGAUACUCAUGUAUCAGCAGCCAGGAAGCUCGAAAGGCUGGGCGUUCAAGGAGUGAUGUGCUCAAGAUUAGAGCAAUCGAACUCAGCUCUUGAUAACAGAUCAUGCUCCGACCAGUCACAGUGAAAAUGCAAGGCAUGGCAUCCGUCAUGAGCGCCUCAACUUACUGUGCGAGCACAGAAUGUAAGGCUCUGUGGGCGAGCGACACCGUGUGCAACCCCUGGUCUCACGCACCAGCUCACGGACUCCAUUAUUUGACUCCACCAUUUUAUCAAUCGAGUGACGUGAGUUCCACUGAUCCACGCCACCGACCCAUGCUCCACGACAAUUCGAGAUUCUAGCUUCACACUCGUACGGGAAGAAUGACGCUGUGCCAAACCGCCGAUUUCGCCCAGACGUGUCAAAUGUUUCUCGUCCAUAUGCUCACGAGUCUGGUAUACUUUCUUUUUCCCUUACACCAUACGACGGGACUGCCUUGAUAUACGGCAGGACUCGGCCUUGCAAUCUUGUUGUUUUCCUGCCUACCUAGCCGGAGUGUCACUUUACUUCCGCCACUGGACGACAGCUAUACCCCAACGAAAUCUACGUCCUGAUUGCUCUGCAGGCUAAUACGACUGCAUCGAUUUCCUUUCGCCUGUCGAGGCAACACAACAACAAGCGCAGGACCAGCGACUCGAAACCGCCACUAUGUCGGCUCCUGGCAUCAGCGAUUACCUCCCGACCUACGCGUCCUACAACUGGACUGGAGCUCCUGCGGACUAUACCCAGGUUACAAAUGCCCGAACUGGAGGGGACUCGAGGCAUGAAAAUCUGAACAAAUGGUUUCAGUCCGGCGAUACGGCUUAUAUUAUCAUCUCCUCAUGUCUCGUCCUAAUCAUGGUACCGGGUCUUGGUUUCUUAUACUCGGGCCUUGCAAGAAGAAAGUCAGCCCUCUCCAUGAUGUGGGCGUGUAUGGCUGCCGGCAGCAUCAUCAACUUUCAGUGGUAUUUCUGGGGUUACUCGUUAACUUUCUCACCAACGGGUCAAAGUGGCUUCAUUGGUGAUCUUGUCCACUUUGGCUUGAAGAGAGUGCUCGGGAACCCCAGUCCUGGAUCUCCCCUUGUUUCUAGUCUUCUCUACUCGUUCUAUCAGAUGCAAUUCUGUUGCGUUACAGCUGCCAUUGUGGCAGGUGCGGUAGCCGAACGUGGUCGACUCAUGCCCUUCUUGGUCUGGACGUUCCUCUGGGCUACCCUGGUCUACAACCCGAUCGCUUGUUGGGCUUGGAAUGCGAACGGAUGGGCUUUCAAGUAUGGUGUCAUGGAUUAUGCGGGUGGUGGCCCGGUCGAGAUCGGGUCUGGUUUGUCUGCUCUGGCAUAUUCCAUGGUUCUCGGAAAGCGACAAGAGAAGAUGAUGCUCAACUUCCGUCCCCAUAACGUCUCUUUCAUCUUGUUAGGCACCAUCCUGCUUUGGUUCGGAUGGCUCGGCUUCAACGGUGGUUCCUCUUUUGGAGCAAACCUGCGAGCUGUUAUGGCUUGCUGGAACUCGAACUUGGCUGCCACCUUUGCAGCAAUUACCUGGACACUACUCGAUUUCCGUCUUGCUCGAAAAUGGACCAUGGUCGGUUGGUGUUCCGGCACAAUCUCUGGGCUGGUAGCCGCCACUCCCGCUUCCGGCUUCAUUGAUACGUGGGGUGCCGUUGUUCUCGGUAUUGUGACUGGCGUUUGUUGUAACUUUGGCACCAAAAUCAAAUACUGGAUCCGAAUCGACGACUCUAUGGACGUGUUUGCCGAACACGGUCUUGCUGGCAUGAUUGGCCUCAUGUUCAACGCUCUGUUCGGCGUUGAUUACGUGGUCGGCCUCGAUGGAGUCAAUACUGGAGCCAGCAAUCCCGAGACCGGUACGGGCAUUGGAGGAUGGCCCAUUGGCAACUAUCGCCAAUUCUACAUCCAACUCGCCUACAUUGUCGCAUGUACCGGCUAUUCCUUUGUUGUGAGCGCCAUCCUGGCGUACAUUGUCAACUACAUUCCCGGGCUGCACCUUCGAGCGUCCGAAGAGGCUGAACUGCUCGGUAUGGACGACGACCAGCUCGGCGAAUUCGCCUAUGACUACGUCGAAGUUCGCCGGGAUUACCUGGCUUGGACGCCACAAAAGACCGAUUAUGGUGCCGACCCCAAUCUGCCACAAGAGGAUCGCCACGGUAUUGGUGAGCAUUCCAAGAUGAUCAAGGAUGGAUCACAUGAUACCAGCUCCGGAUCGGGUCACCAAUUGCCUGCACAAGGCGACCGACAUGCUGUUGCCAUGGAGGACCUCGAGAAGGAGAAGAAUGUUGCGGACCAUGAGAAGUGAAGUGAAGAACACGACGGGCUCAAAAUUUGACUCCGCUUGUAUCCGUACUCAAAUAAAUGUUUAUGUGGUUGUGGCUUCGUGAUCCCUGCUGGUUGACGGGAGAUACAAAAAGUCUGGUUGCUGCUGCUGCCGAAAUUUCCCCCCCGAGAUGAACUGAACUGUGACUGAUUGAGCGAAGAAUGAUUGCUUGGGUUUCAACUAGAGGGGACCUGCGAAAUGGUCGAUCGGAUUGGAAUGGAUUGGAUUGGUGUUGAGGUGUAACAAUGAUGAUGACAGGAACAAGGAGGCUCGGGUAGACUGUCCUUUUCUCACGCAAGCGAGUUGAUUGUUCUAUUGUUCAAGAGAGCGAAUAUGAUUGCGAAGUAUACGCAGUACUCUGUACUUGAUGCUACAUUGGAUUCUUGUUUACUUGUGCUGUUAUCAAGCCUCUAGAAUGUAUCGAACCGAGGCCGUCGACUCUACAGAAAGGCCCGCCUCAUACCGGGUAUCAG